CUGACCUUUUACUUACCGAGGCCUCAACGCGUCGAGCUUUGAAGAACUGACUGCACUUUUACUUUGCAGAACGCCGAAGUCAGACAAUAUUUUCGUCCCUUUCCGAUGGAUUACACGCACUGCAGCUGUGGGGCAAAACCAGACUCGUCAGACAAUUUCUGUCAUCAUCCGGCUGAUCGUACAACGUAAUUCCGGGGCACUUGUCAGACAAUUGUCCCAGCAGUCGGGCCUAUCCAUCAGCCGCAAAGACGCCUCAUCAAGGUCAACUAGCAAGUCACCGUAUCAUCUGAGGACUUAUAGCUUGUUGCCCAAUAGAGGUUUUGGCGGCUGCGCAAGUGCUUAGAAGCUUCGUCAGCUGUUCGUCAUAAGUGACGUUUUGGGUCCAGACAAAGUUCCUCAAAUGCACGAGAAUCACAGCUCAGUAUCCAGGACAUGGGUAUAAAUGCAUGCUCGCGAGUAGUCAUGCAUUCGAUGCGUUGUUUCCCUCCCCAUCUCCCCCGCCGACCGUGCUCUGCCCCGCGCGGUACCCUGGGGCUUCUGCAGAAGCAGUUGCAGCUUUGAGAUAUGUCUUGACGGAUAAUCAUACCAAGUACCAUAUUUUCCACAACCACCUGCGGUACCACAACCAUAUCACUCAUCAUGCGCUGGCACUUUAUGCUAUGGGCGCGAGUGGAUCUCUGAUCGAACAGUUUUACAAGCAAGAGAGCGCCUCCCAGCGUCCAGCUAUCGAGCCUCCCGAAGCGAUCACUGAAGAGAACUUCAUCGAACAUCUGGGUGACGACAACUUCUAUGCUGCAUACAUAACCUUCUUCAUUAAGGUUAUCGAAGAAAAGGGCGUCAGUGCCACUCUGGACGAAUACGUCUUCUCUCAGAAGUUCAACUUUAUAGAUGGACGAGAUGCAUCCACUCAACCGGCAAUGUUGACCCGCUUCCUGUGGGGUCUAUUCCACGCCCUCAUCCAUGUGGGACACGGCACGGAAUUUGGUAUCCCGGGCAUGGUCGCUGAAGGUCUCGCAUUGACUAGCGUGCACGAGCCCAUGUCGUUGCCAUCGUCUCUAUUGGAGCAUGGCGGCACUACUGCAGUGGAGGAGACGACAACUCGGCUUGCCUCGCUUUUCCUUAAUACAAAGAUUCCUAUUGCACCUUCUCAGCUCCCACGACCGCAAAGAAACCAUGCAUUCUCUGUUCUUGCUAAGAUCAUGCGAGAUUCAAAAUUCGCACCGAAGGAAAUGAAGAGGUACUUUGGUGAUGUUGACGGGCUGCUAUCAGAGCAUGGUGCUAAUAUAUGGCGCUACGUCGAGCAAUGGACGAUCGACCUGUCACAGCCAGGCGAAAUCGAACGCAAGAUGGAAGAAUGUGUUUGGAUCAACACUAUCCUCUAUGCUAUUGGCGGAUGGAGCAAAGACAGAGGUUUCACAGCAGAAUUCUUCUUGAUGCAUCUGGUCACGUCGAGUCUCUUCCUCCCAUCUCUGUUGCCUUACUUGACACAAAACUCUCAAGUUCUUUUACUUCGCGCAUACUUUGGAACCAGUCUCACGUGGUGGAUCGCGCGCGGCGCUCCUCGACUAGAUAUCCAAGGUUUCCUCAAUGCCACCUCCACACCCGCUUCCUCAGCAGACACAGUCGGUAAUCCAUUCCUCGACCUCAUUCAGUCGGCGAUACUGCACUCAAAUGAUCAUAUGCUGAAGACUCAACGGGCCCUUGCGCAUUUCUCUUCGCUUUAUGGUGCACGGCCUCAGGGCUACUUCAAGGGCACAGAGCUGGAGGGCGCAGAAGCGCUGGAUGGAUCACUCUUCCUUAGGGCUGCGAGAUUGACCGACGAUUAUAUGAGCCAGGGCACGAAGAGCUGGAGCCUAACAAGGGCUUUCCUGUGA